AAUCGCUGUCUGAGAGAGGCAGGACUUCCUGUCCUUUUUAAGAGCGAAUGCCGGAAGUGACUGCGGGCGAAUCGGCGUUUGCUGUGGCUGAAAGAGUUUAACUUGUCUGCGCUGUAGCUCCUUUUGGCGCGAAAGAUGCCGGGUGUGGCUGCCGCAAGCCCUGCCCCGUCUGAGUCUCAGGAGAAGAAGCCGCUGAAGCCCUGCUGCGCCUGCCCGGAGACCAAGAAGGCGCGCGAUGCGUGUAUCAUUGAGAAAGGAGAAGAGCACUGUGGACAUCUAAUUGAGGCCCACAAGGAGUGCAUGAGAGCCCUUGGAUUUAAGAUUUGAGAUGGUGCUCUGCUGUGUGAAUAAGUAAUCCCUGAAGAAUGAAGAAGACUAAAUUAUUUUGGGAGUUCUUUGAUGAACUUUGAUAAGUGGAAAAAGUAUUUAUAAUUUAUUAAAAAAAAGAAAAUAUCCCUGGUCAA